AGUGUUUUCUCCUCCAGGCCUGUAAACAUGAAGCCCGAGCAGCAGCAGCAGCUGAUGUGUGACGACCAUGAAGAAGAGAAGAUCAACAUCUACUGUGUGUCCUGUGAGACGCCGACCUGCUCCAUGUGCAAAGUGUUCGGACGACACAAAGACUGUGACGUGGCUCCGCUCGGCAGCGUCUACAUGAGACAGAAGACGGAGCUGAGCGACGGCAUCGCCAUCUUGGUCGCCAGCAACGACAACAUCCAGGCGGCCAUCUCUCAGCUGGAGGACAUAUGCCACACUGUGGAGGAGAGCGGCCGGCGGCAGAGGGAGCAGCUCGCCGCUCACUUCUCCGGCCUGGUGUCCGUGCUGGAGGAGCGGAAGCAGGAGCUGGUCGGUCACAUCUCCAGAGAACAGGACGGUAAACUGAAACACCUGCGAGGCCUCAUCCGCCGGCACAGCGACCACCAGGAGGCGGCGGUGACACUGGUGGAGUCGGGCAUCCAGACCAUGGAGGAGCAGCACAUGGCCGUGUUCAUACAGAGCGCCAGCGUCCUUCUGGAGAAAAUGGCGGUGACGGCGAGGGCAUCGAACGUGGAGCGUCCGGAGCUCGGCUUCGAGAGCAUGAGCCACUUCUCCAUCGACACCGACCACCUGACGGAGAUGUUACACAACAUGGACUUCUGCUCUGGUGUGGGAGAUGAAGAGGAUUCUGAGGACGUGGGAGAAGAGUCAGAACCUGACUUUGGCUGCAGAUACUGAGACCUUCACGAAAGCUUUAAGGGAACAGAGAAAGUUCAGUCUCCUUAUGAAACCACAUUUAAAUUCACUAGAUCCACAUCUUCAUUU